CAUUGGCAGUACAGCUCAACUUCGACGUCCUUGAGACUGUUCGUGGAGAGGAUGGAGGGAUGCAGGUCCUUUUGGAAUCGAGUGAGAAGGCGCAGUAUGCCAUGGUGCAGCUGGCGCAAACAGCCAGGAACCUGCAGAUCGCGUCUGGACGAACACAAUCGUACGUCGUCUCCAUGUCUGGACCUCGUGCGCGCGUGUUCUGUUUCGACACGGCUGGCUUCGUCGCGACGCGGGCGUUCAGUUGGAUGGAAUUCCCCGACAUACUCGUGCGUUUCUUGUACCGACUCCAUCACCCCGACUGGACUGCAGCAAGGCCGCGUUGCAGGGGACGACGACACUGCGCGUCCUGCUACCCAGUCGCGACGGGAUGCCGCGUACAACGCUAUCACGCGACACAAAUUUUACAUGGACCUGUUCCCAGACAAAGGCGUGGCCACGCAGACGAGUCGGUGCUUGAAGGUCGUCGUGUUUGACAAUAAGCAAGGUGGAAAGCCUGUCGUGGUCAAUUGCAUCACGGUUGGCAAGCCGCUCUACCUGUCGCACGGACUGUUCGGUCGGGCGACGCGGGCCUAUCGGGUCGUGCUGGAACACGACCUUGCGGAAGGGCUUCCGCGUGUGUAUGUGCUGAAAGACUCGUGGCGGAUGGGCACUCUGCGGCCGGAAGUGGACUGCUAUAUGCUGACCGAGCACUACUACAAGCAGAAGGGCCUCAGCAUGGAUGGCGUUGCGCGGUGUGUCGGCACCAUCGAUCUGUCUGCGCCCGAGGCAGAUCUGUCUACGAGAACGGGGCGUCGGGACCCUCCUGGGAUCCGUUGCCAACCAGUUCGCUGCCUCGCGCCGGUAUCACACGCGCACAUUGCUUACGCCCGUCGGGGUUCGGAUCGAAGAGUUCCCGAGCAUGAGGACGAUGGUCCAUGGUCUGUCACAAGCGGCAGAACAACUCAAUCGCGCACACGAAGCU